GGUCAUCACGAGUGCAUGGGUAGUCAAGAUGCAGGCGUGGUGUCUCUUUUUCGUUGUUUCCUGCGCCUGGGCAGCUCAGGAUGAAAGCAGGGCCAAGAAGCAACCGAUAGUGGUAGAUGCUGUGGGCAACACUCUACCUCCACCAUCAAACGUUCCAGCUACUGUCGGAAGCCCUAUCACCCUACUGACACCAGACAGAUAUGAAUUCUACACUUUUGAUGAAUCCGGAGAACUCGUGAAACGGCUGAUGACCCUAGAAGAGAUACAAGCAAUCGUCGCAGCAGGAGAAGAAACGGAAGGCCUGGUUACAUUAGCUAAUGAUAACCAACCACCACCAACCUUCAAUUUCAGUCAACCACCGUAUACUGUACUCCACAGUGUCGUUACCAAUGUGCAGAAUGUGUUGAAAGAACAAAUGGAAGCUCACAAAAAGGAUCCCAUGUUCCAGCCUACUUUGGACACCCCUGAUGUAUCGGAUUCUUGGAGCUUGAUCUUGCCAUCGAUCUUCGGUAAUACUGGUCUGGAUAUUGUCCCUGAUAAAACAUCUACUAGCAUUUCUAACCCUGAAACAGAAACUCUAGACUUUAACCAUUCUAACUCUGAAGUCGAUGACACUAAUUUAAGCAAAGAAGGUAACAAUGAGAUUAUUAGUAGCUCCACAACGGUUGAUGGAGAUUUUGUCACGGUUAGGGCAUCACUUGAAGAAGAAAAGACUCCAGCACCAACUACAACAACUACUACUACUACUACAACGACGACAACUACACGUAGACCUACAACGACAACAACAACUCGAAAGCCAACAACCACCACUCGUAAGGCAACAACAACAACUACGACAACUACCACUCGUAGGCCAACAACUACUCGCAAGCCUACAACAACUACAACAACCACUCGUAAACCAACAACUACUACAACAACAACUCCUAAACCUACAACUACGACAACAACAACAACAACGCAAAAGUCAACAACAACCCGAAGGUCAACGACAACCACUACAACAACGCCAAAGCCAACAACAACUGAACCAACAACUGUUUCAGAAAUCUCAAGUACAACCAGGCGCUCUGUACAGUCUACGUCAUCUAAGCCGCGCAUCACAACUAGUUCAACAAGCAGGCCUCGCAUUACUACAACGACUUCGACUAGUAAGCCUCGUAUCACAACUACAAGCAAACCUCGUACCACCACCACUACAACUACUACCAUUAGGCCGCGUGUGACUUCAAAAUUACCAGUUACUACUUCUAGUACACCACUUGAAACUAUCAGUACGACACCCGAACCUUCGACAACUACUGCCAAGAUAGUAAGAAUCACACCUAAAAUAACUACAGUUAGACCUUCAACUACAAAGGUACAACCAACGUCAUCAACAACAUUGAAGACAAAUGAAAUCAACUCAAAUAACAUUCAAGUUUUGAAUAAUGACGUCACUGAAGCACCUGACGCUGAGAAAUCUACUGUGCAUUAUGAAAAAAUUAGUACAUACAUUCCUAUUUCAACCGCGUCUUAUGUUAAGGAAAAAACAUCUCCAAGUUCUGUAAAAACCACUGAACCAACAUCAGACUUUACAAGUACUACAAAAAGAUUUGCAACUACCUCAACAACGGCCAAGAUUCAAUCAUCAUCUGAGAUGCAGCCUACAAUAACAACUUACAGGCCACCAACGACCAAUAAAAACGUUGAUACGCCCACUACAGAAAGUCAAGAGCCGGAUAAAAUAAAUACUACUACACUCACGACUCAAUCGGUUUCACCAUCGACCACCGCAACAUCAACUGAGUUCAUAUCACUCGAUAACUCUCAGACAUUAAAUACAGAAGACAAACCAGUUCUUGAUGUAUUUGAUAACUAUAACAUUAACGAUCCAAUCCUCCCCAUGUUUGAUGUAGCGCAAAGUUUUAGCCAAAUAGCUUCAGACUUGGGUGGCAGUUAUAUGCCAUUGCCUACUGUUAGCAAUAUGUUAGACACCACAAAGUUAAAUGAAAUGAAUUUGGAAAGCAAGGAAAGUUAUGAGAUGGAAAUUCCUAAUGAUAAUGAGUCUGACAUUAAACCAACAAAUAUUUCAGAUACUGGCAGUGACAAUUUUGUAAAAAUUUCUACAUUAGAUCCUCAUGAUGACAAAGAAAAAAUAACAAAAGAGGAAGAAAAGAUACCACAGGAAGAAGACAUAACAAAGGCGGAAGAAAUCUUAAAAACCGAUGAUUCUAACGCUUAUACAACUCCGAAAAUCAAUAAAGUUACAACAGUAGUUCCAGACAUUUCAACCAUUGAUCCCAUUUUAUCAGAAUCUAUGGGUGAUUUGCUCUCUCAAGUUGUAUUUGAAACUCCACAAACUAUUGUUGAUUCGAGUAAGGAGACAUUUGACAUCAAUAAAACUAAAGCGACGACAACUGAAGACACAAUUGAAACUACUACCACAGAAAAGAUACCAUCUAGUACAAUAAUAGAAAAUGCUUCUUCUGCAAAAACUACUACGGAAUCUCCACAAGAAGUUCAAGUAAAGACGGAAGAAAAAGAGAAAACGGAGAAUGACAUACCAGAGGUCAUUAAAGUUACUGAUGAUAAGGAAACUGAAAGCAAUGCUGAAGUAAAAAAAGAAAACGUAAGCGCAUCUACAACAAAAAUCCAAAACUUGGAAGUAACAGAAAAAACAACUUCCGUUGAAAAUAAUAAUAAUUAUGUACAAAUAUCAGUUUCUAAUGAUAAUGGUGUAAAGAAAGAUGUACCGAAAGAUAGUGUGGUGGCUUUGAUUUCAGAUAAAACUAAUGAUAUUCCCGUUUCGGAUACCAAAAAAGAGACAAUCGUAAAAGAAAACGCCAAUGACGCAACUGGUGUGGAAAUUUCCACACCUUCCGCAGACACAGAAGUUAAUGUGCCUACGACUACGACUAAGUCUAUCGAGGUGACAACUGAUACUAAUCUACAGAAACCAGUGGUCAAAGAAGAAAUUAAUGAUAAAGUUCCUGAAUUUUCACCUAAAAUAGAUGAUUUCAAAAAGAAAAUCCAGAAAGUAAAUAUUGAUGACAAAGAAUUGGCUAACGAACGUAACAACUCAUGGAAACUUAUUUCAACAGUGUCUCCGCCAAAAUCUAAUGAAAUACCUAAAGACAAACAUAAACAUGGAAGUCUGAAUUCGGCUGAUAACUCAAAUAAGGAUAUUGUUUUAGAUUUUUCAAAUGAGAAUCAGGGCUUAGAAGUAACCACAAAAGAUUUAGAAGAAGAUAUAGCUAAAUUUACUGAAUUAUGUAACGAAUUGGCUUUCCGGUACUGGAAUGCUAUAGUAGAAACCAUAGAUAAACGAAGGAGUUUUGUUCUAUCCCCAUAUUCCAUAACAUCUAUGCUGGCCAUGAUGUUUAUGGGUGCUAGAGGAGCUACUUCGGGAGAGAUGAAUGAUAUACUCAAACUUGAUGACAUGGUUACGUUUAACCCACAUUUCAUAUUGAAGAAUAUUUCAGACUCAAUUCAAACUACACCUGAGUCAGGCGUCAUAAUUUCCGCUUUCAUCAGAGAACUUUACAGUGACAGAAGUAAAGGAAAAAUAUUAACUUUCUACAAGGAACGAGCACAGCAGUUUUACAAUGGACAUGUUGAGGAAAUAAACUUCAAAUUGAUUAGUGAUAUAAUCAGAAGAAGGACUAAUUUACUGGUUAAGAGAUACACAUGGGGCAAGAUAGCAGAAUACAUGAAAUCAAAUUCGAUCACUAUGUAUCCACCACUAGCCGCCUUCUCUACAAAUAUCUUCCAGACCGACUGCACGGGAUCAUCAGUAGACGGAAGGGAUGGUGAGAUGUACUUCGUGGUCUCACCUAACGUUCGCCAGCGUCGUCUAGUGCCUGUGCCGGCAGUGGUCUACAGAAGCGGCUUCUUGGCUGGCUACGACCCAGUGCUCGACGCUACCGCUGCUGCAUUAGGAAACACCAACUCCAUAGUCAGCACACUCUUUGUCAUGCCAGGACAACAAGGGAACGUUGUUCACGCCGAAGACCUUGAAGCCCUUGAACAACGCAUAUUAGACGCGAACCCCACAACUCCUGCUUGGAAUCGCCUACUUCGCACAUUACUCCCGCGGAUUGGCUUAGAGCUCCAAAUCCCAAGAUUCUCCCACAAAUCCAUAUUCAACGUAUCAUCGACUCUGAAGCAAAUGGGAUUGAAAGACAUAUUUGACGCUGACCAUGCCGAUUUGGGCGGCUUGAACGGACCAUCGAAAGAUCUGUACCUAUCAGAUAUGAUCCAGUCGACAACUUUUGUGACUUGCGGCGAGGAUGUCGUCGGCGAGCAGCAUCAUGUUGAGGAGUAUCCCGAAUCUUUGGACAAGGUUGCGAGACGUCGGUCUUCCAGGUGGACAUCUGACUGGGACGAGCCAAGAGACUACCAGAGAGCUUUCCAUGACCCUCACGACGUCGGUGAAGCUAUGCAUUUGCCUUUGCACCUCCGCCCGAGACAAGCUCGUCUGCCAGCGAGGAACGCUCAACCAGCUCGAUUAAAAUUUGAUCGGCCGUUCCUUUACUUUGUAAGGCACAAUCCCUCCGGGAUGAUCCUCUACGUGGGUCGGUACAAUCCGCGGCUCCUGCCUUGAACAUAUCAGAUAAAAGACUGCUAGUUAAGUGUAAUUAUCCUAAAAGGAAAGUGAUAAGGGGUUAUACUGGAGCGUGUGAUGAGUGUCGGUCUAUGAGCAUUUACGUGACAGUAUUACUUUUUAUUUAUCGUGCGCGGCCAGUCUACGCUGUUGCAGUUGUUCGCUGCUGCUCGCACUCAUGUAAUUCAUAUCAAAACGUGUACAAAGGAAUGAUGGUAUCGUUGUUGAAUGCCUGCAUAGUUUGUAUUGUAAUAGUAAAUAGGUAGUGUGUUUGAAGAGUAUAAUGUCAUUUCAUCGUCAUUAUAGUUUAUAUUAUAGAAUAAAUUCUACGU